UGGGAUGAGUUUACAUUCAGAGCACGGAGUGAAAACACACUAACACACACCAAACAGCCGGACACACAGGCAGUACAGGCGAACAGGACAAUGGCGUCUGCGAGUGUGGUGGGGCAGCACCCGGGUCAGCACAGGCUGGACUCGGAGCCGCAUUUUUUCAGCGUCAGGAAGAAAAGGACCCCACUGAGGAAAUCGUCCAGGGAGAAGAUGAUGUUCAGGAGAAGCUCCACGAGCGGCGGAGAGCGCGGGUCCGUCGCUACUGGAGGGGAGUCGGAAACUCAACCCUUGUCUCCAGGACCGGCAGUGAGGAGCGGGAUGAUGCCCGGCGAAGGAUGCGGAGCUCCAUCUGCGCCACGUAGCCCGGACCGGGACAGAGAGGAGGACAGCGCGGACCACGAUAAGAGCACCGCGACCGGGACCCGAGAAAGUCAAACAGGGCACGUUAACGGUGACUGCAACUGCAACAUGGACUGCGACUCAAACCAUAACACUGGUGGUCGGAGAGCCGGCAUCACUGUCAUGACAAGCGAAUCGGUUGCUAACGGACACAAAGGGGGGCACCGACACCGGGACGGGAGACGACACUCACGGCACGGAGACGGCGGACAUCAGAGCAUCUCCUCCGCAUCUGCGUCAGAUUUAGGAGAAAGCGGUGGGCUCCCGCUGGACCGGGUUACUCAGGGCAGAACCGGAGUCGUAAGACUGGCCCGCCAAGACCGUUCCCGCAUGGAGGCCUGGUCCAUCUUCCCCCAGGGGGUGGACCCCAGGGUGAGGACCGAGAAGGGAGAAGGACACCGGUUCGAGACUAAGCCGGUAUCGCAGGACUGGUGUGACGCCUGCAGCCGGUGGAUCACAACUCAGGCACUCAAAUGUCAAAACUGCAGCUACACCUGUCACCUGGAGUGUCAGAGCCAGGUCAAGCUGGACUGCAACCAGAGGGACAGACAGCCCGAAAAAACUCCAUCUCCCAGAAGCAACUGCUCCUCCACAGCUCCUCAGCACAAGCAGAUUGAGGCAAAGGAGGAAGAGGAGGGGAGGACAAAAGACCUGUCAGAGGAAGAGGUGCGGACCAAGAUAGACGAGUAUAACGCUCAAGUCACUGAAAAUGGCAUGAAUCUGGCUUCAGACGGAUCCUUCACAGGUUUCAUUAAAGUCCACCUAAGGCUCAGUCGGCCAGUCACAGUCCCCACUUUUGAGGCGCUGGUCUCAGAAGGAGCAUCCAGGCAGACAGGCGGUCGCCAGCGAGCACCGUCAGAGGACCAGGAAGAGACGGACUGCGGGCAGAGUGAAAAGAGAACAUCUUUCUAUCUACCGUGCGACUGUGUGAAGCAGCUCCACAUCAGCUCUCUGACCACCACCAGAGAGGUCAUCCAGGGCUUGCUGAAGAAGUUCAUGGUGUUGGACAAUCCCCGCAAGUUUGCGUUAUACAGGCAGACGCACCGGGACGGACAGGAUCUUUUCCAGAAGCUUCCUCUGUGUGAGCGUCCUCUUCUUCUGAGGUUGAUUGCGGGGCCCGACCCGGAGCAACUCAGCUUUGUCCUUAAGGAGAAUGAGACUGGAGAGGUGGAGUGGGAUGCAUUUUCUGUUCCUGAGCUAAAUAACUUCCUGGUAAUCCUGAAGAAAGAGGAGGAGGAGCGUGUGCAGGCAGUGAAGCAAAAAUAUGUCAUGUACCGAAAGAAAAUAGAACAGGCCCUAAAACAACAUGACCCCUGACCCCUCACCUGUUACCUUAUGACCUCAACCCAGGGAGAGACUCCCCCCUUUAAACUCUGACCCUCCAAGAACCCCAUGGUCUAUUCAGAGACUGGAGCCGGAGCUGAACUUGUCUCCACCCUCCGCAUAUACACGCAAACACACAAGUACAUCCACACACAGAAGCAUACCCUUUCUCAGGACGCAUAAAAGGCCCCCCUCCCGACCAUCCAUACGUCCACUCCCCGAGGAGAGAAUCAGGGGUCGAAAGUGACAUGAAAGGCUACAGGCUGUGUGGUCUGCUCGCUGAUUGGACAAGUAGUGUCUUCAGUGCCCAGGUCACUGCAAGAAAGGGAAACUCCGACUUGAGAUCUCAUUUGGGACUGAUGUGAAUCAGUGGUGUUUUUAAAGAUUCCUUCUUCUUCUGCUACUACUGCUGCUGCUGCUACUGCAAGUGUUACUUAUGCAUGAGUCUCUCUCAGCUCAUACCCCUGCACAUAGAGUUAGAAUCGAAACAGAAGGCAUGAUGACUUUUUCUGCAUCUCUUUGGGAUGGAAGGACAAUCAUACUGUUUCUUUUUUCUUUUUCUUUUUUUCUUGGGAUUGGUGUAUGGGGUUUUCACCAGAUGUUUUAUCUUUGUUGCCAGAAUAUAACACAUGUGAAUUUGUGAGGGAGGUGUUUAAAGUCAGCUAUCGGUGCUUUUCCUUAAGCAAGGGUAGAAAGCAGAAGGACGUGUUUGCUUAUAAUGCUUGGAACAAGGCGGAUGACACAGUGAGAUCCAUUCUCUGAUUUUUUUUCUCAGGGAGCACGCGUUGAGCAAAGAGAAAACUUAAAGGAGGAAAGAGAACCCUCUUCCACCCAGCACCACCCUAUUUUAGCACACUGUUAUCUUUUCUUGAAGCAUUGUGUGAAGAUGCUGUCAGGUGUUUCAUUUGACAGAGAGAUCUUCACUCAGACCCAGUUACCACCUCUCUGCUUGCUCCUCCAAACAGACACACAACCCCAACCUCUCCUCAGAUGAUAACUGUGAUUUCACUUCCAUUUUCCCUCCCUAAAACCCGAUCAAACCAACCUUGCAUGAACUCCACCUGCAAAUGAAGCCUACUGAGGGAGGCAAUUCGCAUACCUUUACAGAUUUUACACUUUGCAUACACUGUAAUGGUAUAUGGGUUGUAUUUGAAUGUGAGAUGAUUUUUUUUUACACCAAAGCUUAGAGGGACAGAUCUAUUUAGAGGAUUUUAAAGGGAUGAGAGACAUAUGGAAGUUUAUGGAAUUAAAAGUGGUGUAUGUAAUAAUGAAAACAUCUUCUGUUUUGCACAUAUUGAUGCAGGUCACUGAAAAGCCCACAACUCUGGGGCUGGGCAUGCAUUUCUGUUUUUGUUUUCUUUUACCCCCCCCCCCCCCCCCCCCCCACACACACACACACAGACACACCCACACCUUCCACCCCCAAAAAAAUAAAAAAUAAAAACAGCAUAAAUAUAAAAAUCAUGAUAAUGGUUAUGAUGUACCAAUGAUGUGUUUGCAAUGCAUAUGUAUUAUGUAGACACUGGAAAAAGAGUGACAAGGUUUAACUUUGUUGUUAUAAUAAUAUUAAUAUUCUUUUGGUAUCAUUCCUGCUGGUUGGUGUGCUUGUGUGUGUGUGUGUGUGUGUGUGCGUGCGUGCGUGCGUGCGUGUGCGUGUGCGUCUGUGUGCUCUUCCAGGGCAGUGAGAAAUGUGAAUAAUGCUUUAUAAUGAGUGUAUGGGUGUCAUCAGCACUCCCUCAUUGGGCCUCACUUAUCAAGUACUAAAACAUACAUUGAGCGCACGUGUAAUAUAACACAUUACAACUGCAAAUUAGGUUGUUUUGGAAAAGGUAUUUGGCAUGCAUGCAUCAUAAAAUGAAGGCAUUUAACCAAAUCAUUUAAAAACAAGAAAAACUCUCACACAUCCUUGUUUCUUGUCCAUAAGCACAUGCUUCUCAGUAAAACCAAACCUGUUCAUUUUUUAACGUCACCACCCAAAGCCCAAGCUGUUCUGCUGGCAGUGCCUUUUGUUUCGCGUGCGCCCCCUCGUGUAUCUAUGUAAGGUGUGUUUCAGCACACAGGUGCCUGAGUGUAUGUAUGGGUGCUUUUGCAUGUGUUCCUUGGGUGGUGGUGUAUCUUUUCUUUCUAUCUCUCAUCCUCAACACCCAUGUGUCUGUCCAACAAACGCUGUGUGUGUGUGUGUGUGUGUGUGUGUGCGUGUGUGUGCGUGCGUGUGUGUGUGUGUGUGUGUGUGUGUGUGUGUGUGUGUGUGUGUGUGUGUGUGCGUGUGUGUGUGCGUGUGCAUGUGUGUUAUUUAUUUCAUGGUUCACACCAUCCACAUGAUAUUAUGCGAGGGAUGUUGAGACUUGAUGCUUUUUUGCUGUUUAUUUUGUUUUAUUUGAAGAAGUGUGUAUAAAUAUAUCAGUAGAACUGUACAGAAUAUCAAAACGAAAUAAAAAGGUUGUCCCUUU